CAUGAUGCUGUUUUUGACUUACGUUAUGAAUCAGGCUUGGAAGGGGAGGGUUCUGGUUGGGACUCGGAAGAUAAUUUUUAUCGCGAGAACGCUGGUUCUGCUGAGCCAAAAUAUUGUGGAGAACGAUGCAAGAGGUUAGCUGAGGAAGGUCAAUACUUGGCCGAUGAACUGCGGAGAGCCAAGCAAUAUAAAAGGGCUCUGGAGUUUGAAGGAAAGAUUCUCGAAGAACAAGCGAGUUUUCAGAAAUACCUCAAUGAGCAGAGCAGGCGCCGCAUCGAAAUGGAUAAUGAGCUCUCCCGAGUUCUUCAAGAAGAGAACAAGAUUCUGCUUGCUCGAAUCCGUACAUAUCUGCCUUCCUUCGAACCAACAGAUCUGAUGCCUGACUUGCCCACCACAACUGAGAGCGAUGUCGCAGAAAGCGAAUGA